CCAGAGAAAGGGAUUUCAGGGGUUGUAAGUUGCAACUUGUAAAUCUUUUCCCUUGGUUGGUACUAAUGCUAUUGGGCGAGAUCCUCGAUUAGAUCGACUAUUCUUUCUCUUUUUUCCUCUUUCUCUCUCUACCUGUUAUCGCAGAGCAUCAGUGGCAGUGCAAGAACCGAGGAGAGGGGGGGGGGAGGAGGGGUUUUCAUCAUCUCGGGAAGGAAAGCUUUGCAGAGUGGGUGCAGGAUAACAUGGGGCGCCCUUUCUUCUUUCCUCCUUCACUACCAUACCCUCCCGCGUGCGCUCUGCGUCACCAAUAACACCUCUUCUCUCUCUCUCUCUCUCUCACUUCAAUUUUCACUGUUCAGCCUCAGUGAAAGAACUGGUAGUGUCGUAGUGAGCCCAGAGAAAGAAAAUUUAUAAAGGAGACUCUGAGACUGAACUAAAUUACGCCAUUUCCGAAGGAGCCCUGAAUCUGAAUCUGCUUUUUCACAUAACAGUGGAGAAGCAGAGAACCAAACCCCUCCCCCUCCCCAAUACUGACUACCACUUCCUAGGAUUUUCUGUAAACAGUAGCUUGAAACGCGGGAGAGCUCUUCUAAGAGAUCUUAACAAUCACAAAAGAAAAGAAGAGCAAGAGAGAGAGAGAGAGAGAGAGAGAGAGAGGUGGGGAUGGAGGGUGGUUGUGGUAGUAGUAAUUCAUGUUUGAUGAGUUUUGGAGAUAACAGUGGAAAUGGGCUUUCUUCCAUGAUGAUGAUGCCUCUUAUGACUUCUCCUACUAAUGCAGAAACAAGCAAUCUCUUCCUUCCUUUACCUCCCACCACCACCACCACCAAUCGCAACCACCACCACCACCAACACCAACACCAACACCAGGGCAGUUCUAGUGGAACUUAUUUCAUGGAGCAAGACAACAACAACAACAACAACGAGAGUGGCAGUAGCAGUGGUUCCUCUAUCAGGGCUAAGAUCAUGUCUCAUCCUCACUACCCUCGUCUCUUAGCUGCCUACGUCAACUGCCAAAAGGUGGGAGCACCACCUGAAGUGGUGGCGAAGUUAGAGGAGGCGUGUGCGUCUGAUGAGGCCAUGGCUCGGAGUGGGAGGGGUUGUCUAGGAGAAGACCCAGCUCUAGAUCAGUUCAUGGAAGCUUACUGUGAGAUGCUUACUAAGUACGAGCAAGAGCUCACCAAGCCUUUCAAAGAAGCUAUGAUGUUCCUCUCUAGCAUCGAGUGCCAGUUUAAAGCCCUCACUGUGUCUUCCUCUGCGGAUUCUGGUCGUGGUGUGGCUUCAGAUCAGAAUGGAUCAUCCGAGGAAGAGGCUGAUGCAAGUGAAAAUUUCAUUGAUCCUCAAGCAGAAGACAAGGAACUAAAAGGUCAGCUUUUGCGCAAGUACAGUGGAUAUCUGGGCAGCCUCAAGAAGGAAUUUUUGAAGAAGAGAAAGAAAGGGAAACUACCAAAGGAAGCUAGACAGCAAUUGCUGGACUGGUGGAGCAGACACUACAAAUGGCCUUACCCAUCGGAAUCACAGAAGCUGGCAUUAGCAGAGUCAACAGGUCUUGAUCAGAAGCAGAUAAACAACUGGUUUAUCAAUCAAAGGAAGCGCCAUUGGAAACCUUCUGAAGAGAUGCAGUUUGUGGUGAUGGAUGCAACACAUCCCCCCUACUUCAUCGACAAUGUUAUCGGCAAUCCUUUCCCAAUGGAUUGCAUGCCGACUCUCCUCUAAAAAUGUUGCAAAUGCAGAUUUUCAAACUGAUUUGCAUUGCUAAUUAAAUAAAAUAUUGUAUUACAAAUGUACUACUUAUACUAUGUAGAGGACCUACCUAGAGGUUAUUACUCUUAACUAUGAUGACCAGUGAAUGUGCAAAUUCUCCUGGUUUAGUUUCUGUUUCUUGUUUCUAAGGAGCUCUGAUCCAUGUAGAGCUACUAGUAUUGUUCUUCUGCACACCUGGAAAAACUAAUGGUUUUUCAAAACUAAUUUGUUAGGAUUAUUUAUGAGA